UGUGUCAUAUGUCAAAUUAAUCAAAAACAACGUGCUUUGGUGCCUUUUUACAUUAUUUUUGUGAAUUAUUAGACUAAAAAUGGCAAUAUGCAGUGAAUAUAUUAAAAAUGAGUUUCCUUUAAUUGAUGAUGAUCUAAAGCAUUAUGUUGAAAGCAUUUUGGAAAAUGGUGCUGAAGAUUUUGAAUCCAGUGACGAAGUCUUCGAAGCAGUCGGAGAAGUACUUCAAGAAGUAUCAAACAAUAAGACUGAAGAUGACAUCAAACUCAUUUGUGAAAAACUGCUUGAUAUGCUGAAACCGAAUCGUUCAGGAACAAUUAGUAAUGGUGAAGCGAAAGUACUGAAUGCACCUGUUCAUUUGGGAUCCAUAGUCGCUAAUUUGGAUUCAAACAUUGAAGAUAUUAAAAGUAUUUGGGUGGCAUCUAGAGAUGAAAGUUUGAAAGUAGAUUCUAAAAAACUUGAAAAGGCUGAAGCAAAAUUACAACAGAAACAAGAGAAAAGAUCGAAUGAAGUUUCUAAGCCUGCAUCAAACACUCCAAAAUUAGAAAUAGCCAGUGCGUCACAAGUGACUAGUAAAAAAGAUAGUAAAUUGGAGGCCAAAGGUACGAAUCGAACUCAGGAUAUACGAAUAGAAAACUUUGAUGUGGCGUAUGGAGAUAGAGUUUUAUUACAAGGAGCAGAUUUAUUACUUGCAUUUGGACGUCGUUAUGGUUUAGUAGGACGUAAUGGACUUGGUAAAACUACUUUACUUCGAAUGAUUUCUGGUGGACACUUGCGAAUACCAUCUCAUAUAUCGAUAUUACAUGUGGAGCAGGAAGUUAUUGGUGAUGAUACAGCCGCAUUAGACAGUGUGUUACAAUGUGAUGAGGUCCGAGAGCGUCUACUAGCUAGGGAAAAGGAAAUUAGUUUCUUAUUAAAUGCUGGUUCUACGGAUCCAGAAUUAUCAAAUGAAUUAUCAGAAGUAUAUGCACAAUUACAAAAUAUUGAAGCUGAUAAAGCACCAGCAAAAGCAUCAAUAAUUUUAAAUGGUUUGGGAUUUUCAUCAGAAAUGCAAGCACGUCCUACUAAAACAUUUUCUGGCGGUUGGAGAAUGAGAUUGGCAUUAGCACGUGCAUUAUUUUCCAGACCAGAUUUACUAUUACUUGAUGAACCGACCAACAUGUUGGAUAUAAAGGCAAUUAUAUGGCUGGAAAAUUAUCUACAAAAUUGGCCAACUACAUUGUUAGUGGUAUCCCACGAUCGUAAUUUCUUGGAUACAGUUCCUACAGACAUUUUACAUUUACAUACUCAAAGAAUAGAAACAUACAGAGGAAAUUAUGAACAAUUUGAAAAGACAAAAACUGAAAAACAUAAAAAUCAACAACGUGAAUACGAAGCACAACAACAACAUAGAGCCCAUGUACAAGAAUUUAUAGAUCGUUUUCGAUAUAAUGCUAACAGGGCAGCAUCAGUUCAAUCUAAAAUUAAAAUGUUAGAAAAAUUACCCGAAUUAAAACCUAUCGAAAAAGAAGUUGAUGUAGUGUUAAGAUUUCCUGAAACUGAACCGUUAUCACCACCAAUUUUACAAUUAGACGAAGUUCUGUUCAGAUAUAAUCAAGGCAAAAUUAUAUUUAGUAAUGUGAAUCUUAGCGCAACAUUGGAAUCUAGAAUUUGUAUUGUGGGUGAUAAUGGAGCCGGUAAAACAACACUUCUUAAAAUAAUAAUGGGUAUAUUAACACCAACCAGUGGUACUCGACAUGUUCAUAGGAAUUUAAAAUUUGGUUAUUUUAGUCAACAUCACGUUGAUCAAUUAGAUAUGAAUGUGAAUUCUGUUGAAUUAUUACAAGGUAGUUAUCCAGGUAAAAGUAUUGAAGAAUAUCGACGACAAUUGGGUAGUUUUGGUGUGUCUGGUGAUAUGGCAUUACAAACAGUUGGUAGUUUAUCUGGUGGACAAAAAUCACGUGUUGCAUUCGCACGGAUGUGUAUGGGAAAACCAAACUUUUUAGUAUUGGAUGAACCGACCAAUCAUUUAGAUAUUGAAACCAUUGAAGCUUUAGGAAAAGGAAUCAAUAAAUAUACGGGCGGUGUGAUAUUAGUUUCGCACGACGAACGAUUAAUAAGGCUUGUGUGUAAAGAAUUAUGGGUAUGUGGUGGUGGAUUGGUACACAGUAUUGAAGGUGGUUUUGAUGAAUAUCGUAGAAUUGUUGAACGUGAACUUGAAGCAGCAGCAUCAAAAUGAACCAACUUUUUUUAGCUAAAUUUAACAUCAUUGUU